AUGGCAGACGAAAAACUGAAACUCGCCGAGAUCGAGAGCCUCAAGAAGGUCGCCUUCUUCGGUUCGUUUUUCACUUUUUCCUCCGAUUAAAUUGCGGUCUAGACGGGCCAGAACUCUUGUACGUUGGUCCCUAAAGGUUGAUGCCUUUUUCAAGUGGAUCAGAGGUUUUUAGUGGUCCCAGGUAUCUCGGGACCAGCUGAUCCGACCGAGAUACUUGAAUUCAAGCCCAAAAAGCCUCAAAAGUUUGGAUUAGAAUCUCCUUGUUUUUUCCAGGCAUCUCGGUGGCGACGAUCGCCACUCUGGUCGCCAUUGUGGCCACUCCCAUGAUGUACAACUACCUGCAGCACGUGCAGUCCUCUCUGCAGAAUGAGGUUUGCGAAAAGUGUUAUAUCUUGGUUGCGGGUUGAGAUAGCAAAAAGUGUUCAACUGGUAAAUUGAUCAGCAAGAAAUUUUGUGCAUUUUUUUAGUUGAGCACAUUUUGAUAGCUCUACCGACAACUGAGAUAUGUGGGUUUGAAUAUACGGUGUUCGAGUUUUUGGUAUGAGUCUAUUCAAAUUGAUGUAUCUCAGCGGCUAAAAGAGAUAUCGAAAAGUGUUCAACUAAUAGAUUAGUCAUCAUGAAAUUUUCAACAUUUUGUUAGUUGAUCACUAUUUGAUAUCUCCACAGACAACUCAGAUACAUCCGUUUGAAUACUAGACAAUAGUUGACCUAAUCUGGCUCUUCCAGGAAUCAAACCCAUGCCCACUAAUCUUUCGUAUUAAAUAUAAUCCAAUCACUUCCAGGUCGAGUUCUGCCGUCACCGUACCGAUGGUCUUUGGGACGAGUUCGGUCGGUUCGAGGUGGUGCGCGGCAAGGAAACACGCAUCAAAAGACGUGCCCGAGCAUUCGGAGCCGGAAGUUAUUCGUCUGGAGGUGGUGGCGGAGGAGGAGGAUACGCGGCCGCGGCAGGAGGAGGCGGCGGCGGCGGAUCCUGCUGCUCGUGCGGAAUCGGAGCCGCCGGACCACCAGGACCACCGGGAGCCGACGGAAACCCGGGAACCGACGGAGCCGCCGGAAAUCCAGGGCAAGCGGGAGCGGACGCGUCGCAAGCGGCCCCAUCCGCCGCCGAUUUCUGCUUCGACUGCCCGCCAGGACCGGCGGGACCGGCCGGAAACGGCGGACCACCAGGACCACCGGGACCACCAGGCGCGCCAGGAAACACGCCGUCCGGAGGCGCCGGAGGACCACCAGGACCACCAGGACCACCGGGAGGACCAGGAAACGACGGAACGCCCGGAGCGCCAGGAAACCCGGGAGCGCCAGGAGCGGUGAACGAGGUGCCCGGACAGCAGGGACCACCAGGACCACCAGGACCCGCUGGACCUCCAGGACCAGCCGGAAACCCGGGAAGCGCCGGAUACGCGCAACCAGGACCACCAGGACCACCAGGAGACGCCGGACCGGACGGAGCACCGGGAAAUCCGGGACAACCGGGAUCGCCGGGAGACGCCGGAGCUCCGGGAAGCGGCGGAGGAUGCGAUCACUGCCCGCCGCCCAGGACCGCCCCCGGAUACUAG